AUGGCAGGCCAACAAACCCUCUGUGUAUGCAAAUGUAUCCGUCAUCUUCUCAUGGCAGACAUUGAUCGAAAUUUCACCGACUCCGGUGCUUAUCGAGCACUAACUGAAGAAGAAGUUCUCGAGGAGAAAAAUAGAACUGCAUAUGAAAUUGUUUCUUUAUUCGUAAUGGCAGCAUCUGCAAAUAACACAGGAUAUGAAACAGCUGUUACUAGACUGGAACAACGAAUGGAAGCGGAUUUUGUCGCUGAAAUUUGUGGAGAUUCGAAGCAAAUGAAUUAUUACCAAUACUGGAAAUAUUUGGCGCACAAUGCGGCACUAUACUCCCCUGGUGCACAGUUCAAGGAGAAUUAUGCUAUUUUGAAAACGGAUCGAUUCGAAUUGAAAUUCAGUUUCAAUAUUUAUCGAAGAGAUACGAUGGGUGUAGAUUCCAAACUGGAAUUUGAUAUCACCAUGAAAACUACACAUCGCAACGGCAAUGUGUUCGGUCUCUACCGUAUUGUUCAAGGUGGGGAUUGCCCGGAUAUUGGAAAAGUUAGCCACUCGAAUAGAGACUCAUUCGAUUUGAUAAUUGAUGAUGUCGCAGGAAUUAACGGGCAUAACAGAACAAAGAAGUUUUUGGAUCUGUUCACUCCACAACCAUGGCAAUUAGAGCAUAACCAUCCGAAUGAUCUACCGACCACUUGGUUGUAUAAAUUCGAUCUGAAAGAGACAAAAACAUUUGUUUGUCAAGAAGAUGUUAAAGAUAUGGUCGAAUACACUAUUUCUCAAUUCGCUUCCUGGUAUUUUCAUUUUGGAACAAUGUGGCAUCCGGAUGCAAAGAUGGAUUUAAAAGAGGCAUUCCAAUUGCAGGUGACCCAGUUUCAAGAGGAUAAUAUUGUGGCGAGGACUACCAUGAAACUUCAAAUGGGAGUAACUCCAGAUGCUCCAAUUAGAGAUUGGAAUUUUAAGUUCCAAGCGAAAAACAAAGGAGGAGGAGAGAACUGGGUUAUCGAUCGAGUGGAAGUGUUGUGCAGCCCGGAAGUCAAAUAUAAACAGGAAUCUCUUGCUGCAAUUCGGGAUAUUGUCGCAAGAAAGUUUGUGGAUUACGUGGAAGAACAGAACGUCACUCAAUGGUAUUCCACUAUUGAUUUUGUGAAGGAGUUCUCGCAAAAUGGGAAAGUGGAAUACGAUUAUUGUGAUGGGGGAACUAUCACCAAGACUAGUGGGUUUCAGAGGUUCUUUGCUUUCAUUAAACCGGAGUUUUCAGCUCAACUUCAGUUGUUCACACACGACAUGGGUCAAGCUCACAGUACUCGAUUCACAAAAUAUUGGAUCGAUAAAGAAAUAGAACCGACUGAGAAGGCUCCCGAUACCCACGAUUUCCAUUUCAAAACAAUGUCAACGGCAGCUACGGAAAAUCCAGAGUUUGAGUAUGAACACGAAUGGACCGUCAAUUUCAAAUGGGAUCAGAUGGACCAAUUCUAUCAUAUUGACAAGCUGACAAUGGGAUGUGAAAAGGAAUACAAGGACGGAGAAGCUACGGCAGCAAACUACAUGAUCUUUAACUUUGGUGGAUAG